AUGAGCGUGGAGAUUCUGGACGGGAGCACAGUCCGGAGCUUCGUGGAGGACGAAGGCGCCUUCAACACGUCGGUGGACGGCCGGUUCGCCGCGCUGGACGCCGACCACGAUGGCCUGCUCACCUACGCGGAGAUGGCCGGGGAGCUCAUGAGCCUGCGGGUGCUGGAGAAGCACUUCGGCGUGGACGAGGCCGCGGUGGCGCCCGACGAGCUCGCAAGGCUGUACCUAAAGACCGAUGGAGUUCUAAAUUUUGAAGUGUCAAACAAGUCACAACAUAGGAGAACCUUGUUGACCUCGUACACGCCCACCGGAGCCGUCGCAGCCACGCUGCUCCCGAUCUUCGCGUCGGACCACGCCGACCUCACCAGGAUAUUGGCACAGUGUUCGGUGAGGUUGAGCGUGUACCGGGAGCCGGCAAAGGUCGUAGCUCACCAGGAUGCAGGUCGUAGAAUUUGGGGAAUGCGUGGUACAGGAGCAGGGACUUGA